AUGCCGCGGCGAAAUGGUCCCUGGGAUUCUGGAAACCGGCGGUCCUGCUCUAGCAGGAUUGUAACCGCCGCGACGCCAGGCGCAGCCGGGGGAAUGCGCGCACCCCCCGCUUCCCCUUUCGCUUCCCCCAGUUCCACCUCCCCGCGCUCCGCUAUCCCCGGUUCCGCGUCCCCCCAUUCCGCUCUGCGCACCCUCCAAACUCGUAGGCAAUCCCGCUCUAGCCGCAUCACAACCGCUGCAGCGUCAAAUGCCCCGGGUGGAGCUUCCGCCUCCCCCGCAUCCGCGCCCGCUGCGCCUAGGCCCGGCGCGAGCGGAGGCGGGGAGGCGCUUAUAUCGGGGGAAGGGCUGGCGAAGAGCUUCGGAAUGGACGUUCUUUUCGAGGGGCUGGAUGUGACUAUAAGCAGAGGGCAGAAGCUGGGGCUGCUGGGGCGGAACGGAUGCGGUAAAAGCACAUUGCUGAGGAUACUAGCGGGGAUGGACGCACCUGAUAAGGGCAAGGUGCAGCGCCGGCGGCACCUGAACCUGGCGUUUCUCGCUCAGGAUCCGGACCUACCCGCGUCUCUGUCACUUCUAGACGCGGUGUUGUCAGCGGACAAUGCGGCCAUGCGUGCUGUGAGGGAGUACGAGCGAGCAGCGCAGAGGAUGAAGGGCCGAGACCCCACCCCCUCGGAGGCAGCAGCGCUGCAGCGGGCCAUGGAUGGGGUGGAGGCGAUGGGGGCAUGGGACGUGGUGGCAGAAGCAGAGAAGCUGCUGGAGAUCCUCGGGCUGGGGGACGCUGCUCUCACCAACGGUGGUGGCGGUGGUGGCGGGGGGAUUAUGGAGCGGCAAGUUUCGUCGCUUAGUGGCGGGCAGAAGAAGAGAGUGGCCCUGGCUGCGACGCUGCUGGCAAAGCCAGAGCUGAUCAUUCUCGAUGAGCCCACCAACCACAUGGACGUGGCAGUCAUUGAUUGGAUGCAAUCCGCCCUCUCCGACCCCUCUCUCACCGUCGUCCUCGUCUCCCACGACCGUUACUUUCUCGACGCCGUCUGCACUCAAAUGCUCGAGAUCGACCGGGGGACCUCCUUCCGCCACUCGGGCAACUACACAAACUUUUUGGCUGCCCGGGCGAAGCGGGCGGUCGAAGAAGCCGCCGCGAUUGGCCGGGCAGCAAACACGCUGCGGCGGGAGGGGGAGUGGAUGCGGCGAAUGCCGAAAGCUAGAUCGACUAAGUCCCGGUCGAGAAUCGACCGGUUUUUGGCGCUUACUAAAGCAACGGCGGAGAAAAGGCAGCGGCAGCAGCAGGCGGCGGUGGGGAGUGUGGUGGAGAUGGGUAUGGGGGAGGCACGACUGGGUGGGAAGGUGUUGGAGUUGAGAGAUGCUACGGCGAUGCGAGGAGAGAGCACCGUGUUUGAAGGGUUUACGUAUGAGUUUGGUCGCGGGGAUCGGCUGGGAGUGGUGGGCCGAAACGGAGCAGGGAAGACCACUUUCCUAGACGCGUUAGCAGGCCUCCUGCCUCUCCCUUCCGGUACCAGAGAUGUGGGGGAGACGGUGGUGAUGGGGUAUUACACACAGCACAUGCCCCCCGUGCCGGACAACAUGAGAGUUCUCGACUUUGUUCAAAACUUCAACCCGACAGCUGCUGUCCUCGGCUCCUGGGGCUCCAUCCCUGCUGCUGCUGCCGCUGCUGCUGCUGGUGAUGGUUCUGCCUCUAGUUCUUCUCCCGUUGCUGCUGGUUCGGGUGGGGCUUCUAUGUCUGGAGGGAGUGGUUCGGACGAGCCUGUUUCCGCUUCGGAGCUUCUGGAGCGGUUUGGAUUUCCCCGGGCGAAGCAGUACGCCUGGGCGUCAAAGCUGAGUGGAGGGGAGAAACGGCGGCUGUUACUGGCAGCAGUGUUGGCGCAGCGCCCAAACUUCCUCAUGCUGGAUGAGCCCACCAACGACCUCGACUUACAAACCAUCGAGGCUCUGGAGUCAUUCCUCUCAGCGUACGAGGGCUGUCUGCUAGUGGCCUCCCACGACCGGGCAUUCAUGGAUGCGGUGGUUGACCGCCAGUUCGUGCUGCAAGGGGACGGACAGGUGUUGCUUUACGACGGGCUGUUCUCGGAAUAUCUCGCUGACGCGGAGUGGAGGAAGGGGGAGGAGGGAGCAGGUUCGGGUGGGAUUAAGGUGAAAGGGAAGUCGGCUCGGAAGAUGUCGUAUAUGGAGAGGAAGGAGUGGGAGCGGUUGGAAAAGGAGAUUGAGAAGUUGGAGAAGAAAAAGGUGGCGGUUGAGGCACAGCUGGAGGAGAAGAGCAAGGCGGGAGAUUUUGCGAUGCUCCAAGGGUUGUCCGAUGAGCUUGCUGCGCUGGGACAGGCUAUAGAGGCGAAAUCAGAUAGGUGGCUCGAGCUGGCAGAGCUAGCUGAGUAG